AGCGGCCCCAUAGAGGCCCCAUGUCGGGGCCGGGGCUGAAGCGCGGCGCCCCCGAGCCCGGGGGGGGCCCCCCCGAGAAGAAGCCCCCCAGGGAGGAGCAGGCCCCGACCACGCUCAUCGAGCCCCUGAGGCUGGGGGGCAUCUCCUCAACGGAGGAGAUGGACCUGAAGGUGCUGCAGUUCCGCAACAAGCGCCUGGCGGAGCGGCUGGAGCAGCGGCAGGCGGUGGAGGACGAGCUCCGGGAGCGCAUCGAGCGCCUCGAGGAGCGCCAGGCCACCGACGACGCCACCCUGCUGCUCGUCAACCGCUCCUGGGCACAGCUCGAGGCCGAGGUCCAGGCCCUGCUCCGCCGCUGCGAGGGGGUGGGGGGAGGGGCGCCCCCCCCGUGCCCCUCCCCCGCCGACCCCCCCGAGCCCCACCCCGAGGGGCCCGAACCCCCCCCCGGCGAGGGGGAGGGGCCUGAAAGGAGGGACCCAUGGCCGUGCUCCUCUGCUCCCCUCCCCCCUCCGUCGGCCGCCUCCUUCCUGUUGGCGCUGAGCCGUCAGGGGGCGGGGCCUCCUGCGUCAGCCUCGGGGGCGGGGCCGCCUCAAGGGGAGGGGCUUCGGGCGGCGCUGGCGCGCCUCGUGCACGUGCUGGCCCGCGCCCAGGAGCGCGCGCGCGCCGCUGGGGGGCGCCUGGCGGGAAACGCUGAACUGCCAGAGCCAGGCCGGGUGCUGCUGCGGGAGCUGCUGCGGGAGCACCGGAGGCUGCAGGACCUGACCCUGCAGCUGCAGGAGAAGCAUCACCGGGAGUCCCUGGAGCUGGCUGAGCUCCAGGACAAGGCCACGUCGGCCGAGACCAAGGUGUUGGAGAUGGGGACGACGCUGGAGGGGCUGCAGUGGGACAGCGCCAAGCUGCGCAAGCGCGAGGGCCGCCUCGACCGCCGCCUGGCCGAGGCCCUGGAGCAGCUGACCUCCGGCUCCUAUGGCUCUGCCAGCUCCGGAGGCUUCCAGGGGGGACAAAUCACCCUCAGCAUGCAAAAGUUUGAGAUGCUGAACGCGGAGCUGGAGGGGAACCAGGAGCUGGCCAACAGCCGCAUGGCCGAGCUGGAGAAGCUGCAGCAGGAGCUGCAGCAGGCCGUGAGGGGGCACGAGCGCCUCAAGGUGGCGCUGCGCUCGCUGCCCGAGGAGGCCGUCAAGGAGACGCUGGAGUACAAGGUGCUCCAGUCCCAGUUCUCGCUGCUCUACCACGAGAGCCUGCAGGUGAAGACCCAGCUGGACGAGGCCCGAGCCCUCCUCCUCACCACCAAGAACAGCCACCCGCACAUCGAGCACAUGGAGAGCGACGAGCUGGGGGUGCAGAAGCGCCUGCGCACCGAGGUCAUCCAGUUGGAGGACACCCUGGCCCAGGUGCGCAAGGAGUACGAGAUGCUGCGCAUCGAGUUCGAGCAGAACCUGGCCGCCAACGAGCAGGCUGGCCCCAUCAAUAGGGAGAUGCGCCACCUCAUCAGCAGCCUCCAGAACCACAACCACCAGCUCAAGGGCGAUGUCCAGCGCUACAAGAGGAAGCUGCGGGAGGUGCAGGCCGAGAUCAACAAGCUCCGCCUCCAGGCCACCGGAGCCCCUCCCCCUUCCCCCAUCGCCCCUCCCCCUCCUCCCCCGCCCACCCCUCCCCCACCCCCACCCCCCCCACCCCUUCUUCCCAGGACGAGCCCCCCCCACCUCCGCCCCUCCCCCCCCCCUCGGGGGCUGCUGCCCCCGCCCCUCCCCCCCCUCCGGAGGAAGGCUCAGGAGAGCCAGAAGGAGAUGAAGCUGCUCCUGGACAUGUACAAGUCAGCGCCCAAGGAGCAGAGGGACAAAGUGCAGCUGAUGGCGGCCGAGAGGAAGAGCAAGGCCGAGGCGGAGGAGCUGCGGGCGCGGGCGCGGGAGCUGGAGGAGCGCGAGCGGCGCGAGAGCAAGAAGCUGGCGGACGAGGAGGCGCUGAGGCGGCUGCGGGCGGGCGAGGAGCACAUCGAGCUGCUGCAGCGCCGCCUGGCGGCCACCAAGCAGGAGGAGGAGGCGCUGCUGUCGGAGAUGGACGUGACGGGCCAGGCCUUCGAGGACAUGCAGGAGCAGAACCUACGGCUCCUGCAGCAGCUGCGCGAGAAGGACGACGCCAACUUCAAGCUCAUGUCGGAGCGCAUCAAGGCCAACCAGAUCCACAAGCUCCUGCGCGAGGAGAAGGACGAGCUGGGCGAGCAGGUCCUGGCCCUCAAGGCGCAGGUGGACGCGCAGCUGCUGCUGGUGCAGAAGCUGGAGGAGAAGGAGCGAGCACUGCAGAGCAGCCUGGGCAGCGUGGAGAGGGAGCUGGCGGUGCGGUGCCAGGGCCUGGAGCUGCACAAGAGGAAGGCGGUGGAGGCGGCGCAGUUGGCCGAGGACCUGCGGGCGCAGGGGGAGCACGUCCAGGCCCGGCUGCGGGAGCUGCAGAGCUGCGCCGCCGAGAACAGGGCUGCCAAGGAGAAAGAGUCCCUGAGCCUCAAGAGGGCCCAGGAGGAGCUCUCCCGCCUGCGCCGGAAGCUGGAGAAGCAGCGCAAGGUCGAGGUUUACGCCGACGCCGACCAAAUCCUGCAGGAAGAGAUCAAGGAAUAUCGGGCCCGCCUCACCUGCCCCUGCUGCAACGCCCGCAAGAAGGACGCCGUCCUCACCAAGUGCUUCCACGUCUUCUGCUUCGAGUGCGUGCGGAGCCGCUACGAGACCCGGCAGCGCAAGUGCCCCAAGUGCAACGCGGCCUUCGGGGCCCACGACUUCCACCGCGUCUACAUCAGCUGAGCCCCACGGCCACCCAUA